CAAAUUACCACACCCACUCCAGUUAUCCGAACCUCCCUCCCCAUCAGCCAUGGCGCUCGCGCUGCGCUGCCCCGCCGCCGCCUCGCCGGCCAGGGCCCCCUUCCCCAACUCCUCCUCCCACUACCACCCCCAGUCGGCGGCGAGGCUCCCGAGGAGACCGGUGGGAGGCUGCAGGUGCCAGUACAACCACGGCGACGGCCCGCCAAGGAGUUUCGACCACAUCCCCAAGCAGUUCCGCGAGGAGAACCUCAAGGAUGGCCUGAUGGAUAAUUACAAGAAUGUUCCUCAGUUCCUUUAUGGCUUAAGCCCAUCUCAGAUGGAAAUGUUUAUGACCGACAACAACCCUUAUAAUCGGCUGUCACAGAAAGUUACAGAGGAAAGCAUUUCUGCUUUGAGGAGUUAUGAUGAAUUUGGUAUGUACUCCUUAUCAGGCACGCAUGAGGGCCCUACAAGUUACAACAUGGGCAUGGGCAUGCCCAGCAUGAGCAUGGGUAGAGCAGGAAAAGGAUAUAGAAGAAUGAGAAGCUCAGCCCCAGAUCUGCCAUCAUUGCUGUUGGACUCCCGAAUUAUAUUUCUUGGAAUGCCAAUUGUUCCAGCUGUGACUGAGCUUAUUGCUGCUCAGUUUCUGUGGCUAGACUAUGAUGACCGCACGAAGCCAAUUUACUUGUAUAUAAACUCCACAGGAACAAUGGAUGAAAAUAAUGAGCUGGUCGCAUCUGAAACUGAUGCCUAUGCAAUUGCUGAUUUCAUUAAUCGAAGCAAAGCUAAGGUUUACACCAUCAAUCUUAGCAUGGCGUAUGGUCAGGCUGCAAUGCUUCUUUCCCUGGGGAUGAAGGGUAAAAGAGGAGUGCUACCAAAUUCGAUAACUAAACUGCACCUGCCCAAGGUCCACAAAUCUGGUGGGGCUGCCAUUGAUAUGUGGAUUAAGGCAAAAGAGCUGGAGACAAACACAGACUACUACCUGGAGCUCGUGUCCAAGGGAGUCGGUAAACCUAAGGAAGAGCUCGCAGAAUUCCUGAGAGGCCCAAGGUACUUCCGUGCACAGGAGGCCAUCGACUACGGACUCGCCGACACAAUCCUGCACUCGCUGGACGGCUCGUUCAAGCAAAAGGACCUGACCUCGCAGCUGGCGAAGGCGCAGGAGAUGCGGCAGUCUGGGAAGCGCGCACCGGCUGGAGCUGGGCGAUGGUCGACUCCGGCGCCCAGAUAGACUAGAACGCGAUGAUGCACUCAUGCGACUGUCCUGCGCCCGAGCGGGCCUGAUGGUUGUGGACUUAGAAUGUGCAGCAGCUGUAUGUUUGCCACUAUCUUGUCGUGGAUAUUGUAUUCUCUGGCA